AUGUAUGAUUCUAGACCCGUCGAGAAGUGUUCCUUAUUAGAAGGAUGGCCUAUUUCGAAGGUCGUUGUUCUUUUAGUUGAAAGUAAGAAGGAGGUCUGCUUCUUACUUUUUAGUUCUAUCACUGAUGGGGUAUGGUCUGUGGUUGAAAAAGACGUGGAUUCUUCCUCUUCCGGUCAAAGUUCUACAAUUACAAAUAAAAUCAAACAUGCAUACAAAAAGAGAAGAGUCAUUAAAAAGCCUACAAAACAUGCGUUAAAUGUUAAUGAAGAUGGAUUUUUGAAAAUUGGAUAUUCUUCAGUAAAGGAAGUAACAGGUGUCAAUAGUAUUGGUAUUAUGCUUUUGGGAAGUUAUACUGUGUAUUCCCAGAGUAAAGAGAAGAUAGCUUCACGAUUUUAUAAAAAGAAGUGCUCGCAGUUGACUGGUGAGGGGUUUAUUCAAGUUCCUAUGAAAGAUUUAAUUCAAAGCUUCCGGGGUCCUUUAGUCAAAAGGAGUUCUAGCAGUUGGACGGUCACCCUAGUUGUUCAGUAUUUCUACGUGCUUCCUUAUUCUGAAAUAAUCUCAGAAUGGUUUUCUAGAGAAACAUUCUCAAAUAGUUUGCAAGAUUCAAAGCUAGUAGACAAACAAUUUCCGAAGCUUGAAGUGACAAAAUCAAGUGUAAGUAGUGAGGGCAUGUCUUUUGGUCUUGAUAACAAGCCAUGCAGUGAUAUUAUUGAAGCUCUUAAUCAGAAAGAAACCAAUGGUUUCUGCUCAAAUACACCGUGUGGUACUGUCAAGAAAGAGUAG